AUGGAUUCACGAUUGGGUCGAGGAUUCAUGAUUUGUCGAAACCAUGUCGCGCUCAGCAAGUAUCUUUUGGUCCACAUUCUUUGUCUCGCACUGUCGACAUCAUACCACGGCUCAAGCAUGGCCAAUGUGCAAGAGGACCACAGCGAUCGGUGCGAGACUGUACGCUCAACGCCAUGCACAAGUGGAUUGCCGGAUAGAGAACAAGACGACGGUGUUGAAUUGGAGCAUGUUGGCGUACACCGCCCGCAACGUUCUCCGACGCCGCAAUCACGACCCAACUCCAGUCCAGCUCAGCCUCGUAGUCCGUCUGUUGCACUACGUGGGGUGAAACGCAACACAACAUGUUCGCCAGUUCCCGAAGAAGCUACGCACACAUCGACGAACGAUGCUCAAUGCGAAGCUGUGCGGAAAAAACCACGUGCACUCGCAGCGGUGCACUCGGAUGUGGACGCCAAGAAGCGUGGACAGGGGCUGUUUGGUCUACUGACAUCGACGCUCUCACAAUUCAAGCGCGAUGCCGAAAGCGACCGUGCUUCGAGCGCCGCCCAACGCAGAGCCCAGAUCGAAGCUCGUCUUGCCGAUAAACUCAAGCUGUCCGAACGCGCAAUGGAUGCUACCCAACAAAGAAGAGCACUCGUAUGGCAAGCUAGACAACUAGCCGAACAAAUUGGCUCGGGCGAUGCACAAAGAAAAACCAUCAGAGCCAUGAAACGGCGUAUGGCGAGUUUCCUCUAUACGCCGCAUCAUGCAACAUCAACAAGAGGCCACCAUAGAUUGGCAGCGCACAUCCCAAUGUCGCACACAGCCACGCGUAGAAUGCGAGAUGCCGACAGUGGGUUUUCGGUGUAUUUUCUACCCGGGAAAACGCUCCCAGAGCAGGAAGACAUGCUAAACGACCAGGAGGACAGCGUCGACGAAAACAUCGAUGCCUUCGAUGACCACUGGGACGAAACCCGCACCAAGCUUCUCCGCCAGCUCGACGAGGUCAAGGCCAAACUCAGCCAGACGUGA